AUGCGCCAUCUACCACCGGAACUGCUCUGCAUGAUUGGGAAUUACGUGGACGACAAGCCUACGCAGCGGGCUUUGGCUGAGUGUUCCCGAUACUUCCACAACUUAUUCAUGCCACGCCUAUAUUCAUCUAUCGAGCCAUUUACUAGCAUCCCAUAUACUGACGCCAAACCUAGCCAACUAAAGUCAUCCCGCACUUUCGCACUCAUCCGACUGCUCUGGUCUCGGCCCGACUUGGCCCGCCACGUCCAGCAUAUGGAAUUUCAUCUGCACAAUGGCUACAGAGAUGCCUGGGUGGGUGUACUGCUCACUCGUUUGAGUCGCCUGAAGACUAUCACGGCCCAUGCUUGCCCCAUCGCUCUAGACAUAAACCUGAUUUUUGAAAAGGCAGCUUUGCGCCAAUCCCCAUUUCAUCGAGAUGUUCCGUUCCCUCAUCUCAACAAGGUCAGAUUUGUACAGCUACCGGGACACUAUCCCGUCUAUGCCGAGACUCUUAUCCCUUUCUUCUAUUUUCCAGCUCUGCGCAGUGUCGAGGGCUUGGGUGUUCGCGAGAGCCUUAGACCAUAUGUGCACCCCAAGCUCCGUGGCAUCAAGAAUAUCGGGUCCCCAGUGAGAGAGAUUACGGUAUCGGGGCCAAGCCACUUUAGAACAGUCGGCCUAUGGAUCGAAGCGUGCAGCAAUCUCGAGCGGGUUCAUGUUAAUAUAGAACCGAGUCGGGCUGUAGACCUCGAGUGGUAUCAAUCCCGGGUCAAAGGGGUUCGCAAAAGUCUUUUGCCGGCGAAGAGAACCCUCAAGUCGCUUUGUCUUCUAUUGAUCGAUUUCCGUGUGAGGAGCCAUUAUCUUCGCGACCAUUAUGAGGCAUUGCGAGGAGUUCUCGAUGGACCCUUUGGCUCAUUUAAAGAAUUUGAAGUGCUGGAGCAUCUGAGUAUACGGCAUCCCAAUCUUGUCACUCUCUCGGGGGAGGACACCGGGGGCGAACAUAGUAAAGAUGGAGAACGUCUUAUUGACUUAUUGCCCAGGUCACUCAAGUCACUUGAGAUCACCGAAAUUCAGCGGAAAUUUCUGGCUGGUUUGAUAGCCGAUAUAUUGUUUCUAGGCCAGCAUCGCGAGUCUUCGGUGCCUUGCUUGGAGAGUAUCGCGCUCGUUGUGAUAGAGGAAUGGCCACCCUAUGUCGCGUCCCUUAAAAGCCUGGCACUGAUGCUUGAUGCGGGACGCAUCUACAGGGAUCGUUGGGAUGACAGUGGCGAUUCAGACGAAGAUGAAUAUUCUGAUGAAAAUUUUUGUUUGUAUGGAUACGAAUAUUCCGACGAAUAUUCUGAUGAAGACGAAGAAGACGAAGAAGACGAAGAAGUGGCGCAAUGA